AUCAGAAGCAUUCAUCCUCUUGUUUUUUCUGAUUUGUAUCUCUGCUCUUUUUUAAUUUACAGCAAAUGCAAAACUUGGGCCAUCAUAUGAUCCUGGUGUACCUAAAAUGGCAGAUUCAUCCAUCAAUGUUAUUUCCUUGAGGAUUGUUAAAACCGGCCCUGAUUACACAUACCCGGUCGAGGUUUUUGGCAGAGUUAUUGUUAGGGAUGAGGUUGACUACAAAUGUGUCCUUCUGUUCGAUCGUGAAAAGAACAAUGCCCAACUCAUCAAUUCGGAGGAGGAUAUGUUAGCUCUCACAGGUCCAUGCCGAGCAUUGGUUACUGAUGACUUGCUAUUUUUUGAGUUCGAUUUGAAGAUCAAGGGCAAGGGUGAGCAUGAUUCUGAAGUACAGUUUAGCAAAGGUGUAAUACUGUACCAUCUCGACCAGUAUCACAAGCGCUUCACCCGCCAGCUACCUAGCUUCCAGAGUACAGUGAAAUUGGUAUUGCAACAUGUGGCAAACCCAGUGGCAGCUAGUGUUCAAGUCUAUGUUCUGGAUAAACAGCCCGGUGUCGACUUCAAUGGUAAAAUAACAGUUGGGACUACUGGAAAUUAUAGACAACACAUGAUUGUUUAUGAUAGCAGUCUUCCCAGCAGUCACUUGAUCAGACAAGAUGGCUCCCUUGUGUUAAAUCGUAAUCUGCUAGCUGUCCAGGAGCCUUCAGAAGACACUGCGUUCAAGGACGACGAACAAAUGGUGGUCUAUGUUUGUUUUCUUGAUGCAGGUUGUGAGAUUGAGGAUGAGGAUUAUGCUGAGCCUGUGUUUGAGGAUGCGGAUUAUAUUAGGGCUGGAGGUGACGAGGAAAUCAGUGAAGAGGAUAGUGAAGGGGAAACUGAAGAAGACGAGGAUGGGUCUGUGGACCCUAAGAAUCUUGUCACUCUCAGAUAUCCUCUGCGCGAGACUGUCUGUGAAUUCGGUUCCUGCAAACUCAAAGUGAAGGUCAAAUGGACUGCCAUCCUUGAUGCGCCUCCGCAUGGUGAAUACGUCACAAGAUUUGGUGUCCUUCCAGAUGGUUACAAGUCACCUAAUUAUCGUCGGGGUUCGUUCUUCGAUCGAUAGUGACUGUAUUAUCUUGGUUGCUAUGCUUAUUCUGCUGGAAGAAUACUAAUGUAAUAUUGGAGGGCAUCUGCGUAACUAUGUCGUGCUCUUCACGUUGGGAACACCUAAUUAUCGUUGGGAACACUAAUUGUGCUCUUUUGGGUUACUUAGCGGCGGAUGUAUUUUUCCUGCAUAUAUAUCAAAGUACACACUGAAGAAGUACUAGAAUCUUGUGCAGUGAUCUAAGUAAGGAAAUCCCAAGCGUGUUUAAGUUCGGAGCU